AUGAAUAGUUAAACUCAAAAUUCUAUUUGUUAUUGUUUAGUUUGCUACAAAGAAGAACAUAUUGAGAAUUAGGUUUUAGAUUGCUCUUGUUGUAUUUGCUUUGAAUGUGCAGACUCGUGGUUUGCUACUAAAAUAAAAGAAAGAAAGUAUGAUCAUAGAGUGAAGUGCCCUAAUUAGCAUUGUCCCAGAUAAAAAGAGUAUGCGUAUGAGGAUUUGAUAAGGUUUCAAAAAGCUAAUGAUUAAAUGUUAAUCAACUAUUGCUAAAUAUCUAAAGAUAUUUCAUAUUGCCCUAAUUGUGAUUACAAAGGAUAUUAUGAAAAUUCUAAACAAUCUCUUUGCGAUGAGGACUUUGUCUGCUAAAAAUGUAAUAACAAAUGGAGCUUAUAAUCUAGAGAGAAAUAUUUUUUUACUGAAGUAAAGACCUCAAUUCAAAAGCUAUGGAGCACAUCUAGCUGUCCCUAGUGCCAUGCACAUAUCUUGAAAGCUGGAGGUUGUCCUUAGAUGAACUGCAUACACUAAAUGUUGAAAAACUAAGCCAUGCAAAUAUUCUAAAUUGAAGGCAUGUAAGACUUUAUGCAAAAAACAAUAGAUUUUGUCUUUAGAUAUUCUAUAUACCACAUUCCAAUACCUCUACUUGCUAUAACUUUUGAUAACUAUUCUGUUUUGUUCACUCUCCCGAGACUUAUAUUCACAUGGAUUGCUAUUCUUUCAGUUAUUCUAUGCUUUAUUUAAAUCGAAGAAUUCCUAUCAAUUUUAACUAUUGAAGGCUUUUCAUUUCUUUUUGUCUUAAAGUUCUACUGA